AUGGAUGAAGAAUGUCGGCGUAUGUUUUACGGUUACUUAGAAACCUCAGUGACUCGGCGAGCUCAGUCACCCAUAUCCUCGAAUAAUUCCUCGCUGGAUGAGUCGGAUAAUGAAGACCCACGUUCCUCGUCUCCUCCAAAAAGGUAUGGUCUGGGAUUUGUCCGUCAGAAAGAUAGCCAAUAUAAAUAUCUCGGAUUUCGCUGUUAUGAGAGAACAGUUACUGUGCAGCUUUUGGUCCCCGACUCCGGUGAAAAUCCAAUAUAUGAAAUAACAAACCCACCUCCGGAUAAUCGUCGUACGCCCUCACCGACACCCGCGAAAGGGGAAGAGAUCAACACCGAAUAUAUCCAUUCAAUAUCCAACACCUCACACAAACAUGAGGAGGUUCCUACUUCAUCCUCACAUGCUUCCGCACAUUUAGAAGAAGACUCCAGAUCGACCGCAAGUAGUUUUGUGACAGUUUCCGAAGAUCCUAGUUUUGAGUGGUGGACCCAAUGGCAGACGCUGGUUGGUGUUCCUCCGUCAUCUCCGCUAUAUAACAUAACCGAACAAACAAAUCUGUUGCAUAGUGAUGACGUACAAAUUCCAUCGCAUUCCAACGCUGCCGUCAUAUCGGACGAUCACAGGUCCCUCAACGUGAAGGAAGAUAAAUCAUUACCAGGAACGUCGGGACACGUUGUCAAACUAUCAUCACCAUCGCUAUCUUCCCGAUCGUCGUCUUCAUCGUCAUCCUCAUCGUCUUCAUCGUCAUCCUCAUCAGCCUCGUGGUCUUCAUCGUCAUCCUCAUCAGCCUCGUCGUCUUCAUCGUCAUCCUCAUCAGCAUCGUCGUCUUCAUCACCAUCCACAAGCCAAACGAUGGCACCUCAUCAGCCAACAUUGUGUAGCAGUCAACCGUCCAUCGAUGAAGUGUUUAUACCCAGUAAGGAGAAUAAUAGCACACCAAGUACGCUCAAAUUGCCAGUCACUGAAAUUCCAACCGAGUCAACGCCAUCGUCCUCGACAGGUAAUCCCGGGAACGAUAACACAUUUCUCGAACUGUCAAAUUAUCCCAAAAACCUACAAAGCCGUAUCGAGAAGUUCAAAAACAAUUGGAAAAAGGGACACAAACUGAAGCGAAUUGUUAAACAAGAUGACAAGCAGUACCGCAUAAUAAUAUCAGCAGACGGGGUAGUGAAGGUAUCUCUCCGAACUUCUGCAAUUGGUCUCUAA